ACAUACAAAUUGUAUAGCAUAUAAUUGUCACAUUUAUAAAGAAAGAAAAGAAAAGAGUUUAAAAAGUAAAAGCCUUCUUCAUGGUCAUGUCUUCUAGGUGAGAGGUGGGGUUACAUAAAUUAAUAUACAUAAAUUAAUAAUUAUAUUUAAAUGAGAGAGAGAGAGCUGACAAAUGGGCAGAUAUAAAAUUUGAACUAAAAAAACAAAUGAUUGGAAAAUAAAAAGAAAUAGCAAUAAAAUUAUAGAAUACAACUACUGUAUUAGGGAGAGAAAGAGAGUGAAUUAUGAGUGUAUGUCAUUGAAAAGAAAAGAGUGGCAAUUAGUGGUUAGAGAGAGAAACUUAGAGAGAGAAGUAAGAAGUAAGAAGAAGAAGAAGAAGAAGAAGAGGGUGGUGGUAUUAAGGUCUUUUGGUGAAACUGGCCUCGUCUAUGCUGUAUUGGGCAGUUUAGCUUGUUACACCAAGAUCUUGGAACUUCUUUUUUUCUCACUCUAAACAACAACAACCAACAAACGACAUCAAAAACUACCUACUUCUCAAUGUCGUUUUGAUCAUUCAUCUCAUAUAAAUAUCUGACCUUCUUUUUCUUUCUUUCUUUCUUUCGAGUGAGAAAGCUUUUUUUUUUUUUUUGAUUGAAACCCACCAACACCACGAAUAGUAAUUCUGGGUUUUUAUUUUUCUUUAAGUUUUGAUUCUUUUCCGUUUGUUUCUCGAGAAAAUCGAAGAGAAAGAGGAACUCAAAAAAAAAUGUGGGAUCUUAAUGACUGUCCUGAUCAGAGACGAGACGACGAAUCCGAAGGUUGUUCGUCCCAGAAAACCUCCGUCGAUGGAGACGACGAAAAGGGUAAACGGGUCGGAUCCGUCUCGAAUUCGAGCUCAUCGGCGGUUGUAAUCGAGGACGGAUCGGACGAAGAGUACGGAAUGGGUACCCGAAGUAACAUGAUGAUGAUGAUGAAGAAGCGUAGUGGUAGUAAUAGCAAGAUAUUUGGGUUCUCAGUGACCCACAACGAGCUUGAAGAAGAAGAAGAAGACUUCUCCAUGGAAACAGACCCAUCUCCAGUAACCCGAAACUUCUUUCCGGUGGAAGAAUCAGAAAUGGGACCUUCCUCCUCCAUCUUAGUCGGCGGCCCCACCGAUGUGGGUGGUGGAAAUAUAGUGGAUGGGUUUCCCCGGGCCGCAUGGGUCGGAGUGAAGUUCUGCCAGUCCGAUUCACUGGGCCCAGGCCCAGUAAAGCCCUCUUCUAUGGAAGUUUCUCAGCCCAUGAAGAAGAGCCGUCGUGGGCCCAGGUCCAGAAGCUCUCAAUACCGCGGCGUUACCUUUUACCGGCGAACUGGCCGGUGGGAGUCCCAUAUAUGGGAUUGUGGAAAACAAGUUUAUCUGGGUGGUUUCGACACUGCACAUGCAGCUGCACGUGCAUAUGAUAGGGCUGCUAUUAAGUUCAGAGGAGUAGAGGCUGACAUAAAUUUCAGUCUUGUAGAUUACGAAGAAGACUUAAAACAGAUGAGCAAUUUAACAAAAGAGGAAUUUGUUCAUGUACUAAGGAGACAAAGCACAGGAUUCCCUAGAGGAAGCUCUAAAUAUAGAGGGGUUACUUUGCACAAGUGUGGACGAUGGGAGGCUCGUAUGGGCCAGUUUUUGGGCAAAAAGUACGUGUACUUAGGAUUAUUUGAUACCGAAAUUGAAGCUGCAAGGGCUUAUGAUAAAGCUGCAAUUAAGUGUAAUGGGAAAGACGCUGUUACAAAUUUUGAUCCAAGUAUUUACGACAACGAGCUAAACUCACCUGAGAAUUCAUCACCUGGUAACAGUAGUAGUAAUUUGGGGGAUCAUAACUUGGAUUUGAGUCUUGGCAAUGCAAAUAUUAUUAAGCAAAACAAUUAUGUGACAACCUCUGCCACACAUCAUGGUCUUAUUAUGGAUCAUCAACCUAAUUCGAUGCCUUUUGAAACUGAUUGGCGCAAUCCUGGUUUUAGGCCUAAGGUUAAUAGUGGUGAUCAUGCGAUGAUGAUGAGAAGAGAUGGGUACCAGUUGGAGAAUGAAACCAUGCAACUUCUAAGCCGAACCCAUCUUCAACCUCCUUCUAAUUAUAAUCACAAUAACAAUAAUAAUAAUAAUAAUCAGAUCAUGAGAAGACCUGGAGUAGAUCAUCAACAUCAUCAUCAUCAUCAUCAUCAAAAUCAUAAUCCAAUCCAAAUUCAUCCCAUAAAUUACCCUCCAAAUCAUCAUCUUCACCAUCAACAACAACAACACCACCAUCAUAAUAAUAGUCAGUUUCCUAGCAGCAGCAAUAUGGGUGGCCGGAACAACAACAACAGCAACCAUGGCAGUGGUGAUCCAAUGGCGGUUCAGUUAUUCCCUACCACUGCUUGCAACUGCUGCAGCAUCAUCAGGAUUCCCACCGCAGAUUAACCCUAGCUAGCUUUCGUCUGAUUUUUGAGUAUUGUUAUAUAUAUAUAUAUAUAUACACAUAUAAAUAUAUAUAUAUAACACUGGGAAAAGAAGUAGUUGAAGAAGAAGAAAAAAAAUCUAAAGUAUGAUUUUUUUUACUACCUAGCCACCCUUCAAAAAAAUUCUCACUGUCCCAACUAGCUUUAUAAUUAAUUAUAAUUACCUAUAUAUAUAUUAAUAUUGAUCAUAAUGAUGAUCACAUUCUUGGAAACACUCAAUCUUCAUUUUUAUCUGUUUUGGUUAAGCUUGUAAAGAUCCAAUCCUAGCUUGGAGAUCUACAACAACAAUCUUUAUUUUUUCUUUCUUUCACUGCUAACUAUCUUUUUCCCAGCCACCCAAAAGGAAAAUUGUUGGUCUUGGUCAAACUAACAAUAAGUAUUGUAUGAAAUAUUAUUGGACAAUAUAUAUAUAUUAUAUAUAUGAUGAGUUCUGACUAAAAGUUACAGAUGA